UUUACGAAUUUAGGUUUAUCCGCUCUCUCGAUUUUUAUGGCGCUAGGCUCCAGGGUUUUGGGCAGUGGUCGCGGAUUUCUCUCCACAUUCUCUUUGAAAAGGCAAUCCUAUUGCCAGGCAUCUCGCUCCGACGAAGCGACUCCAUCGAUCUCUCCGUGUGGAGCUCCAAAUCAUGGAAGGUUUGAGGACCUCUCGAGGAGAAGAAAGCCAAUGUGCUUGUACUUCACGCAAAAUCGUUGCCAGUAUAUGGAUAGCCCAGAACACCUGGAGAAAUUUUCUCACACAUUCCCGGAGCUCGAUCCCGUGGUUUUGGACGCUGCCCGGCCUCUACCACGCCAACCAUUCGACAAAUUUCUCGUGCUUGACUUGGAAGGCAAGGUCGAGAUUCUAGAGUUUCCAGUAGUUUUGCUGGAUGCGAAAACACUCACGGUGGUGGACAGGUUUCACAGAUUCGUGAGGCCUUGCGAGCUCAAGGGUUCCCGGUUGCAAGCUUACAUUGCUGGAAAGUAUGGACGCUGGAAAUUGGAGAGGCUUUGGGAGGAUACAGCCAUUCCUUUCCAAGAAACACUCCUCGCGUUUGAGGACUGGCUGGAGCAGCAUUCUUUGCGUGAUCCUGAGAGCCAUUUACUCAAGAAUUCUGCCUUUGUCACCUGUGGAAACUGGGACAUCAAGACAAAGAUUCCAGAGCAAUGCAUCACGUCGGGGAUUCCAUUGCCGAGCUAUUUCUGCGAAUGGAUAAACCUGAAGGACAUUUUCCUCAACUUUUACAACAAACGGGCUCCGGGGAUGCUGUCCAUGAUGAGAAGCUUGGACAUGAGAGUUCAAGGCUCGCAUCACUUGGGACUGGACGAUGCGCACAACAUAGCUCGAAUCGUUCAAAAGAUGGAGUCGGACGGAGCUGUUCUAUCCAUCACUGCCAAAAGGCGAGGCAAUCGAGUAGAGUUUUUGUUUCAAAAUAGAGUCUGACAAAUAAGAGUUCCACCAUCUUGCAAUCUAUGGUGGUGAUCAAUUUAUUGACUUUCUAACGCCGUUGUACCGCCUGCUACGCGGACCUGGGUUUGAUCUGAACGGUGAAAUUCGAAAAAACACAGUGAUUUGUUUGAGCC